AUGGCUGAUUCUUCUGAGACUCCUUUUGUUUUUAAACAAACUGGUUCCACUAUGAUGCUCAAUAUCAAGGCAAAUCAGAAUCCCAUUUUGGAUCUUAAAUCUUCAAGAUACUCCGAUGACCUCAAUCCAAUAAUUGAAUGUCUGAAAUAUUCUCCUAUUGCUCAAGCUCUGACAAUGGCGGAAACUAUGUCGAUGGUUCAUCUCUCUAAGGCAUAUUUUUCUGCUUUCUACAAUCAGAAUGAAGGGGUGAUUAAUUUUGAAAGCGAUUCCCAUAAAACCUCUAUCUCAAAAACCCAAUUUUGCAGGUUGUUAGGGUUUUCUUCCUCGGAGGGUCUUGUUGAUCCUGAAUCGAUUCCCUCCUCUGCCUUCCAAAUGGGUUAUCUUGGUGAGAUUACGCUUUUGUCCAAGUUUAAGAAACCUCACCUUCCACCGAUGUGGAAUGGUCUCUUCACUUUGUUAUUCAAGAGCUUUUCUGAGCGCAUUAUUGGGUCAGACGGUGCCAGCAAGCUCUUCUGCAUGCUAAUCAGUGGUCUCUACAAGGGUAUUAACCUGGAUUUUGAUUCGGUUCUUUGGAUACAGCUUGUUCAGAGCACACUCUCUUCAUCAAGGCAUUUAGAGAUUUCUUGUGCUCGUUUUGGUCUGUUAUUGUUAAGAGGUCUAUCACUCGCCUUCAGAUUCAAGUACCAGAAGACUCAGUACUGA